AAGAACACUGUCUUCCUACAGCUCUAGUACCAUUUCUAAAACCACAGUUAAGAAAGUGAUUUAUUUUUCAGAAGAGAAGAGAAAGGAUUACGUCACUUGUUGAGAAAUUAAAGGCUAAGAAAAAGUCAAGGUCCAUGACUGAAAAUAUUACAAUGAAUAAACCAGUUACAAGACGAGGUAAACACACACACUACAAGCUGUACUUAGGCUGGCAACACUUUGACCGUGAGAAGUAUCGGGUAGUAACUGUGAAGAGAGGUGGAGGAACGCGAAUGAUUGAAUAUAAGUCAGAUGAACCAAUAUGUGUCAAAAGUAUCAUAGAGGAGGGAAAGAAACGCUUCUUUCCAAACAAUGAAAGCCAACAGGGAAAACUGAGUGAAAUGGAGAUAGGUCUAGCAAAUUUUGCUGGAAAUGAAAUAACUGACUUUGAGGACUUGGAAGGAAAUCCUUGCAGUUUCCAGGGUUACCUAAAGGCUCAUGGAUUAUAUUCUUCGCAGUCUCAUCUGUAUAUGCGCACAAGAAAGAAAAGUAUUGAGAGCCCACCAUCAUUCUAUGUGAAUGGAAUUCAGGCUGGAACUGUCAAAAUUAAGUAUCAGAAAACAGUUGCAUCCGUGUGACUCUACUAUAUCCUGUUACUCAACUCUUUCUUGCUAUAAUAUGGUUCAUGAUCAUGAACAGGAAUUUGAGCAUUUUCAUUCACAAGAGCAUGGAUUUUUCGUAACUGAAAUCGAAAAUGAUAAUGUGAAGUAUUCUAUCCACAGUCUCAAAAUGUCACCACUGAAAGGCAAAACAAUGUGUUGUUUUAUGGACCAGAUGUUAUAUUUGGCAUUGAAGAAGAUAGUCCGAAUUUCUUAUAACUGGGUGUUUCAGACCCACCAAUUCAUGAUGUGAAGUACAUUUGGGGAAAAAAACAAUGACAUAAUUUAUGCUGACUGCAAUAAACAAUCCAUAAAAGUAAAAGAAGAAGGGGUCUACACACUGAGCAUUGAAGCUGGCACACUCAAAGUUUUCAUAGGGCAACCUGUUGUGGUGACCUUUUCUGGCAGUACUGUCCAUUAUGAGGUAGUUACAUCUGCAACAGUCAGUAACCAAUACUCUGCUACAAGGUUCACAAUUGGAUGGAGAGAGUUCCUAAGCAGUUACAGCGCUUGAUACAGCAAAUGUGAUGGACAUUUCAUCCACUGAUAACAAUGUCUUUAUCAACACCAUGGACUUAAACACCAAUAUUGAUGUUUCUUUUAUAGUUGAAGAGAAAUGGCCCGGACAAAAUAAAGGUAUGGAAAUUAACAAAGGGCAAUGACUCAAAAAUUAAGAAGUGCAGAGUACCGGUCCUUGUGCACUGCACUUCGGGUUAUUGAAAGAAGCAUGCAUACCAAGUUUGAAGUCAAUCAGACUUAUACUGACUCAAUUAUGCUCCGAACAAGCUUUAUGGGACUAAAUAUUGUUACAGGUACUUCAGGACAUACUUUAUGCAGCUUUGAAAACAUCUGAGACUAAGGAACUAAACUUCGGUAUCAGACUAUCAGUAGCUUCUUUUGAAUUUGCCAUGUUUUGUUUUCAAACUCAAAUGAUUGGGAAGUACAAUUGGUACAAAGUGGUUCUACUGACCACAGUGAAA